AUGAACUGUACUCCCACAUGUCUAUUGAACACUAUACUUGUCAUAUAUGCCAAAGUAAGGGAGGGUCGUGUGGGAUCAUAUUGGUACCAUGAGGACACACAAGCGUUUUUUGAUGACGUGGACCACUACAAGAUGAUCAAGGCAAUGUGCAAGCUUUCAUGCAGCGAAUGUGACCAGACGGAGGAGCAAUCAAAUGACGGCCCGAAGCGUCGGGGGAAGAUUCGAAACGUUGAACAGCUGAAGGGCCAUUUAUUUCACGAACAUAGGUUGUUCAUGUGCUCUUUAUGUUUGGAAGGGAGGAAGGUGUUUAUUUGUGAACAAAAAUUGUAUACUAGAGCACAAUUGAAUCAGCAUAUAAACUCGGGUGACUCUGAAGUGGAUGGAACUGAGAGUGAAAGAGGUGGCUUCAUGGGACAUCCUAUGUGUGAGUUUUGCCGAACCCCAUUCUACGGGAAUAAUGAACUGUACUCCCACAUGUCUACUGAACGCUAUAUGUGUCAUAUACGCCAAAGGCAGCAUCCUGGACAGUACGAAUAUUAUAAGAAUUACGAUGACCAGGAGAUGCACUUCCGCCAUGGUCAUUUCCUAUGUGAAGAUGAAUCCUGCCUCGCCAAAAAGUUUGUUGUCUUUCAAUCUGAGGCAGAAAUGAAGAGGCAUAAUACGAUUGAACAUGGACGUUUGUCUCGUUCUAAGCGUAAUGCUGCUUUGCAGAUACCAACCAGCUUCCGGUAUCAACGAACAAGUGAGCAAGAUCAUCGACGUGGAAGAGGUGGAAGAGGUCGGACUUUUCGUCGUGAUUCUUCUGAAAACCAACUUUCUAUGGCUAUUCAAGCAAGUUUGGAGGCAGCUCAUGCUGAAAAUACAUUGAAUGAUCCUUCAUCCUCCAGUGGGCAAGUUGCUCCACAUCUUGGAGAUAUAAGCGAUAUUGAUCCAAUCAUUGACCCUUUUGAAUCAUUAAGAACAAGGGAUAUCGAAACAUCUUCAAGGUAUCGUCAAGCCUUGGGGCAUAGUUCUAGUAAUGCACCUUUGGAGGAAUCUUCCUUUCCUCCCCUCUCAGUGCAACCUAGCAGCAGUCAAUCAAACCCCAGAUCUGACUCGGAUGGUUUGCCUAAUAACACCGUGAGCAACCGCAAGGCGGCUGUUAAUAGUUCCGGUGAGGCUUGGCCAGCAGCAAGGCGUGGGCCUGUAGUACAACCUACUAGUUCAGCUCAGGCUUGGCCUGCAACAAAUGUUUCACCUAUAAUAUCUCGUGGUUCUGGUCAGAACAAUGGGCCCAGACCACCUAGUUAUGCAAGUUCCUCUCAGACUCAAGUCGAGACUAGACAAGCUCAAGUUGAGACGAGACAGACAACUGGUUCUUUGAGGGAUUCAAGCAAAACCAAGUCUGGUAGGAUCAGCCACUCUACAUCAGCUCCUAAUUUGGUUGAAAGUGGAUCUGUUCAACCUUCGGUUUCAGAUUUUCCUCCAGUUUCUGCAGCACAAGUGCAUAAGUUGCCCACAACCAGUGCUGUAUUGAAAGUGGGGGAUGUUCAAAUUGCUAAUAAGUCUUUGGUGGAAAAGAUUUGUGCCGCUCUUGAAUUUGACGAAGACAAAUACACUACCUUUAAAGACAUAUCUGGAUCUGGACAGUAUCAUCAAGGUUUAGUCGCCAUAGAAGCAUAUUUAGAUUUUGUGCGGCAGUUUGGCUUGUUGCAUCUUGUCCUUGACUUGGCUAGACUCUGCCAAGACACUACAGUGACGAAAAAAAUUAUUCGUCGUGCAAAAAGAUGA